UACAAUGUAUGAUGAAAAAAGUCAAUACAUAAUAUAAAAGGUCAUUUUCACCCCUAUACUUGUAAUAUCCAGUUCUACAGAUAUGAAGAUAGAGCAUCAUCAACCCCAAUGAGACCCUGCAAUUUUAUCCAUCAGAUGGUAUAGGAAACCUCAAUUUACACAAACCAAUGAACAAAAUCACCCUGCCUUCUCUAUAUAAACCCAGUGAGCCCCCAACCAACCAAUCCAAUAUCCUAUAAAAUAUUAGGACUUCCAGUAUACUCAAACACCGAAUAUAAAAAAUGAAGAGCAUUUUCUUCUCCAUGGUUCUUGUCCUCUCCCUUCUCUACUGCUUUGCUCAUUUGAGCAAUGCAGCCAUCCCAUGUGGCACGGUUGACAUGAAGGCAGCUGCCUGUAUCUCGUUUGCCACCGGGAAGGACGCGAAGCCAUCCGCUGCAUGCUGCAGCGGCCUGCAACAGCUUGCACAGACCGUGAAAUCUGUCAAUGACAAGAAGGCCAUCUGCCGGUGCCUCAAGGCCGGUGUCAAGAACUUUGCCGGAGUUCAGGAGAAGUUCUUGACCCAGAUCCCGAAUGCUUGCAAGAUCAAAGUUGGUUUCCCUGUUUCCAUGAACACAAACUGCGAAACGAUCCACUAAGGUUCGUGCUUUGGAGAUGAUCAAAGAUUGCUGUGAUGUUAGGAAUGAAAUAGAUGUUGAAUAAAACGCACUGUUCUGUGCAAAUCCUAGUGGAUUCUUCACUGCUGGUGUACUGCACUAUGCACGUAAUUUGACUUUCAAUUUAGAAUCAAAACGAGAAGUUUCAUC